AUGUGCGUUAAUUCAUAUUCUUUCUUCCCAAACAUAUCAUCAAUUCCAGCUUCCUUCAUUGCAAAAGCUUCAAGCUGGGAUGCAUUCAGCGCUCUCCACGGCUGUCGGAGAGGCAUGAAAUCUCAAGGCCUAGCAAGUCUCAAAAAGUAUUUCCAGCUAUUCGGCUACAUCAACACCUCCUCUGACGAAUUCGACGAAUUCCUCGAAUCCACAUUAAAAAACUUCCAAUUAAACUUUAACCUCAAUCAAACCGGCGAGCUCGACGCGCCGACGCUGAAGCAAAUCUUCCUUCCCUGCUACGGCAACGCCGACAUCGUCAACGAUACCUCCACGAUGCAUUCAGGCAAAUCGUCGAACACUUACAACGUAAAACAAUCCACACGUCCCGCACUACUCCUACUUCCCCAACUGCCCGUGCUGGCCGCCGGGGAAAAGCCAGAUCAUCUACGCGUUCGCGCCGUAGAAUCAACUCUCCGAUUUGGUGAGAGGCAUCUUCAAGAAGGCGUUCGAGCGGUGGUCGGAGGUGACGUGUUGACAUUCGUAGAGACGACGACGGUCAACUGCGCGGAUCUGAGGAUCAGAUUCUUUAGCUGCGACCACGGCGAUGAAUAG